AUGUCUCUUAUGUUAUUUACUCAUUAUUUACUUGGCUAUGUUGGUACAGCCAUGUGUUCCAUAGGACUUACUCUUGCUCUAUGUUCUGUAUAUAUAUUUACUCGUCGUCAUAUGCGUAGUGCUGUUUCGACUUAUCUAACAGGAUUAAGUGUAAGUGAUAGUUGUCUACUAUCAUUAGGUCUUAUUUUUGCAAUUAAUUCAUCUAUUCCUCCAAAUCGUCAAAGUGAAUCAUUUUAUUCAUCAUAUCUUCAUAAACAUCUUUUUCCAUAUGUAUAUCCUUGUAUUAUAUGGUUUCAAUUUACAAGUGUCUGGAUAACGAUUGGUUUUGCUAUUGAUCGAUGGUUUGCUAUUAAAUGGCCAAUACUUCAUUAUACAUACAGUUCCAAAAGAGCUUUUUAUAUUGUUGUGACAAUUUAUUGUUUGGGUUUUAUUUAUUCAUUACCAAGAUGGUUUGAAUAUAAAACUGAAGUACAAAGUGAAAAUUUAACUGAAUUUGACAAUUAUACAGAAUUUGUUGAUUAUCUUGUGAUAAAAAAUAAUUUACACAAUAGUAAAAUUUAUCAAUAUGCCGUCCACUUAAUUCUUUAUAGUCUUUUUCAAAGUAUUCUCCCACUUCUAAUGUUAUCUUAUUUUAAUGUUGAACUUAUUCGAAGUAUUAAUGCUAGUUCGCAUUUCCUUCAAAAUUGUUCAUCAUCAUAUGCACAAACAACACGUACUGGUGGUGGUACUGAAACAAAUACAAUACGUUAUAGAGAAGGUGUUAUAACACGUUCAGUUAUAUGUUUAAUUGGUUUAUUUAUCUUAUGUCAAGUACCAGCAUCCAUACUUAAUUAUAUUUAUAUGUUUUAUCGUAACCAUAAAUGGCUUUAUAUUUGUUAUGAUAUAUCAAAUUUUCUUAUUUUAUUAAAUAGUGCAGUUAAUUUUUUUAUUUUUACAUGUUUUAAUCGAAAAUUUCGUCGAGAAUUAGCACGUGUUUGUUUUUAUACAAAAAAUCAUCGACAUUUUUUACGUACAGCAAGUAAUUUAUCACUUAAACGAACAAGUUCACAUUUGCGCACGCCACAACAACAUCAGUUUGAUAAUAUUCAUCCUAAUUAUUGGGAAUAUCAAAAACGAUUGAAUGGUGGAAGUAUGGAUCAUAUACAAAAUAGAAAUUCAAAAUCUGAUUAUCUUCUUAAUACAAUAUAUAAACGUUCGAAUUCAUUUACUACUGUCGAAAAUGAUAAUCAAUUAAAAUAUGGACGAUAUUCUGUUUGUGAAUUUAAUCUUAAAAAAUCUUCAUUUAUAACAAAUAAACAGCGAAAAUCAACGAAUUUCUUUCAUAAUAAACCUAAAACAAAAGCAAAAGAUAUUCAUCCACGUCGUAAUAGUGAAAAAUAUUCAAUAAAUCCAACAAAAUAUUCCUUAUCAAAUCUUCGUCAUACACAUACUCCUUAUAAUCGUGCACAACUACCAUUACAUUAUGUUACAUAUAGACGUGAAAAUAAUCAACAAAGAUUAUCAAAACAAUUAUCAAUAACAACAACAACAUCAAAUUUAACCCGCUCAACAAUAAAUACAGGCUCAGAAAGUUCAGUUUUAAUCGAUCAAAAUAGAUUAUUAAGAACAUCAUCAAAUCGAAAGUAA